GUGUGUUUUGGAGAAGCAGCAGGGGUGUCUUUUAUUCCUGUUAUACCUGGACGCUGUUGUCGGACUCCUCUAUUUGCUGAGCCCGCCCAGGAGCUCCCAGGACGGAGAGCGACUAGCUGACCAUGUUUAACGGGGAGACGAGUUCCUCCUCGGCUAAAAAUGUGGUUCGCAGCUCCAGCAUCAGUGGCGAGAUGUACAAUGACGAGAAGAGCAGUGGGGGCAACCCAGACUCGGCCAGCAUCACCUCCAACAAGAAGAGGCGCUCAAGCCUCGGGGCCAAGAUGGUGGCUAUUGUGGGGCUGUCUCAGUGGAGCAAGAGCACUCUGCAACUCAACCAACCCGACGGCGGCCCAAAGAAGCUGCGCAGUAACAUCCGGCGGAGCACGGAAACCGGCAUCGCUGUGGAGAUGAGGAACAGGAUCACCCGGCAGGGCAGCAGGGAAUCGACCGACGGCAGCACCAACAGUAAUAGCUCCGAUGGCACAUUCAUUUUCCCCAUGACCCGGCUGGGAGCCGAGAGCCAAUUCAGUGACUUUUUAGACGGGCUCGGGCCAGCGCAGAUUGUUGGCCGGCAGACACUGGCGACGCCUCCAAUGGGUGAUGUCCACAUUGGGAUGAUCGACAGGAGCGGGCAGCUGGAGGUGGAGGUGAUCCAGGCCAGGGGCCUCACCCCAAAGCUGGGUUCCAAGUCCAUCCCUGCAACUUAUGUUAAAGUUUAUCUGCUGGAGAAUGGGACCUGCCUGGCCAAGAAGAAGACCAAGAUGGCCAAGAAGACCUGGGACCCGUUCUACCAGCAGGCGCUGCUCUUUGACGAGGGCCCACAGGGCAGAGUUUUGCAGGUGAUUGUCUGGGGAGAUUAUGGCCGCAUGGACCACAAGUGCUUCAUGGGAAUGGUGCAGAUUGUCUUGGAAGAACUGGAUCUCUCCAACAUGGUCACAGGCUGGUACAAACUCUUCCCCACUUCCUCGCUGGCGGACUCCACCAUCGGCCCUCUGACGCGUCGCCUCUCCCAGUCCUCUCUAGAGAGUUCGACAAGUCCUUCUUGCCCCUAAGGGGCAGGGCUCAGGGCUCAGGGCACGGGUGGGAGGGAGGGAAGGAAACAAGCUGGCCUACCAAAACCUUUGGUGGAACGGCUGUAAAUAUUGUGUCUGGUUUGGUUUAGUUUUUUUUUCCCCUCCCUGAAACAAGCUGCUCUCAACAUGUUCCUCGCCAGCUACAACGUUCCACCGUGCAGGCAGGGGACUUUAAACAAGAGGGCUGGGAAGGAGAAACACAAACAAACUUGUGACGCAGAACAAGUGGUGUGACUGACCGACAACCGAUCCCAAGACUGUUACCGCAUCUCAUCGAGUCAUAUUCGGGAAGGAGUCAAACAAUGGACUAUAUUUCUCAUCUGAACAGCUGGCGGGAGCAUCUUGGAUCCGAUUCAUUCAAUCCCACUGCAAGUAGCAUGUUAACUCAAUUUUGUUUUACCACCAUUUUUGUUUUCCUGAUAGUUGAGGAAAAAAAUAGCUUUUUUUAAAAAAGAAAAAAGAAAAAUGAAUAUAUUCAGCACUACUACUUUUUUUUAACGGAAUGUAGCAUCUUCUAAUAUUAUGUAGCCUGCCAUGUGCUAAUUUAAAACACAUUCUCACUCUGCAAUAUCUAGGAGAGACACUCUCCCUACCGACAGGAACCAUCCGCCAGUCACUUGCUGUUUUGGUAGAUUCCUGACACAAAUCUUGCAAGGUCGAGCAAGCAAUCUGUUGAUCACUUUUUUCUUUGGUAGCCUGUGACUAGUGACUCUGCCAAAGCAGUAGGGGAAGAAAAAGGUGCAUUUGACCUGACUGUUAUUUAAGUGUAUGAUGGUUCUGUCUUGAUGUUCCACACUUUUAAAUUAUUUUGAAGGACCACACCCACCAUGCUUCAUACAACAGUUCCAACUAGGAGGAGGUGAUGCAAAGGGAAGCUUGCAAUGAUGGUUGAAUUGAACUUCUAGUCAGUCUCAUCUUUGCUCAUUCACCCCUAGGCAAGGUCCAACUUGUAGCUGAAAGGUUCCCACACUCAAUUACUGCAUUUCAGGGAGCAAACAGAGGGUUUGUCAGAACAUAUACAGCCCAUAACCAGAAAGAAGGGCUGAAUGCACCUUUUUCCAACCCUCGAUUCAUUGGUAUGCUGCAGGGUAACAUCUCAGUUGUAUUCACUAUGGAUCUGGCGUAAGGGUGACAGAUAGGUUACAAAACAAACUAGAUGUUUUGAAUUUAUUAUAAUGAUGAGUGUUUGUUUUGUUGUUGUUUUUUUUUUAAAGCAGUAUUCUGGUUCCCAAAGAGGACCAGUUCUUGUAGCAAAACUGAGAAUUAUGGAAGCUUUUUAUGAAGGUGCCUAAUGAAAUUUGCUGAAAAUACUCAGGGGAGACACCACUAGAAACUGCGGUUUCUUCAUUAAAAAUAAAUAAAAAUUACACAAUGACUGUCCUGAAGGAUCAGUUUCCAAAACUAAGAGGUGGACAAGUGGUCAGACUGGGAAAGGACAUGAGAUUAAUGGGGUAUUUCUACCUAGCAGCUAUCUCUGGCCUUCAGUCUUUAAUACCAAUCAACCAAAAUCAAGGUUGAGUGUGUGUUUUUAUUAGUAUCGAUUGGCAAAAAAGAUUGUGCAUUGUGAAACUGAGCACAAGGAACAUCCUAUGGUUCCUCCUGCAUUGUUAGCAAGGACGAACCAGCUAGAACUUAUUGCUGCAAAGAAACAAAAAAGUAAACCUGAAGGGUAAGAACUUUGCUAUGAAACCAUCCCCUCCACAAAAUGGAAACUGCCAGUCGGCAAUGUACUUACUCUUUGGUGGCAGUCUUAUGUGACACAACCAUCAUCAAAUUUUCAGCAACUUUGUGUCAAGGAAUUUCAGCUGCUAUAAAUGUACAUUGAAUUUGCAACUUCACCAAACCAAAAUAUCUUGGGACCACUGAGCGGAGACGAGACUGAAUUCUGCUGACUGCAGAUGGAGAUAGGUCUGUUUGCUCCUCAGUCCCCAGGAUCUCAUGUUUUUUUCCCAAGGAAUCAGAGCCUGGUCUGCUGUGGUGGAGGAGUGACUGUUCAGAACAAGCAAUAUACACUGAUUUCCAAGUUCACACUUAAAAGCAACCCUCCUGGGCCACCAUAUGGUUUUACCUUAGGGCCAGAGUGGGUUAUUUGAGGAAGCCCAUUUUGUGCCCAGCUCAUUGGAACUGGAAGAAGGUGAUGACAUGAAUUUAGGUUCCUUCCAGAGCAUGGUCCUGUUACCUGAUGUCCACCUUGGCUGGCUGGACUCGGUUUCUUUGUUUCUGAGUGCUGGAUUUUUGAAUACGUGGGAGGGCAGGUGUCUGAAGAGGACAAGUUUUCAAGGGAGUGAAAUGAACAACAUCUCUGUUUUUGCUUUGUUCACUCACAUAUUAGAAGAAGAAAAAGGACAACCCAGCUUUUGUUUGCUGGACAAAUUAGCAGGUCUGGUUUGAGUUGGAAGUUGAGUUGAGCAUUGGGAGGUCAGCAUGGACAAAGUAGGGAAGUUUAGUAGAUGUCUUGCUCAUUAAUUUGGACUGAAGUAAGCAGGUUCUUUCCCUUUCCUACAGCACACACCACACUGUCUCUAAAUAUGAGUUAGUACCAUAGCUUUACAAACAAACAAAACAACCCAUUCUUUUCAGAACCAAUGGAAGGGAUGUGACAAUUUCAACCCCAACUAACUCUUAAUAUAAUACUUUGCAGAAGAUAAAAUUGGGAAGUCUGCAGAGACUUUUUCCAGGAUAGCACUCUAGGGCCACCUAGAACAAAGACAAUUGAGGUUGUAUAUCUACAAACAGCAUACAAAAGCCUAUGGUCUCCAAUACAGUCCGCCACUCUUACGUGAGCAGUAGCUGGAAAAUCGACUCAUGUUGAUGUGUGGAAAAUCCAGUGCCAGAACAAAAGAACUGUAAUCUGAAGGCCAUGCUCAGAAUCUCCGGGGAACAAGCUGGACACUCCUGAGCGUUUGGGGUUUUCUGUUAUUAAUAAACAUUCUAUGCUUUGGAGGAUAACAGUGUAGCUAAAAUCAGAACAAAGUCCACCCCGGAUUCCUUUUCAGUAUAAACUGAAGUCUUGCUGCUAGGAAGUAAAUCUGAAAAGCAAAGCACAUGGAUUCGAGGGAAUGAUUCCUUCUGCUCCCCAAGACGGCUUGGCAUGGCAAAGCCACCAUGCCAAGGACUUCAGAUGGCUGCCAUCGUCCUCUAGAAAAACUAUAGCCCCAUCAAAGCUUUCGUUCCUGCACUCUCAGCGCUGCCUGCCCAGUCCACUGGAGCCCAUUCACAUUGGGGGACUUGUGGGGGGGACGGGGCAAGUUUUACUUUGGGUUGCAAAAAAAAAAGACAAUACUCAAGUAUCGUGUUUACACUGUGAUGUCAGCUCCUUUUUAUUUUCUUAUGCAUGAGAUCCAGUGUCAGACAUUCCCCUCACUCAGACAAAAAAACCCUCCAUCCAAGCUGCUUUUCUACAU